UCUCUCACGGUUUAUAAAGGUUUGUGCGCACGCGUGCUCACGCAGAGCGCAUCUCCGCUCGGACCCUAGAGCCUGUGUAGUGAACAAUAGUGCAGCUCUACGAUAUCCGAAAUGGCGUUUCGUAUUCUAUCGUGUUUAGUCGUCGUACUAGGAUGCGUUUGUGCGGCGCCAGCGGCUGACAGCGAGUCUGUGAAAGCAGUAGUACCAGAAGACAUUCAAGAUACAGGUGACCUAAAGGCGGAUGCUAGCACUACAUAUGGUCGCAGAUAUCCGGACUGGGGCGGUUACCCUGGCAAUUCCUACAUCACAGGGUACGGUUUACUAGAUGACAAGUACAACGGAUACAACAACAUUGGCUACAACGGCUACGACAGUCAAUAUGGCGUCAGAGGGUACAACGGAGGUUACUCAGGGUACAACGGGUACACCGGUAACGCUGGCUACGGGGGUUAUAAGGGUUAUUCAGGCUACGAUACUAGCGGACUUGGUGCAUAUGGCGCCGAUGGAGGUUACGGCGGCGCUGUCGGCUAUGGAGGCAACGGAGGCUAUGGCGGCUACGGAGGAAACGGAGGCAUUAACUCCUACUACGGUUACAACAACCCGUCGUAUCAAGGCGCGUACCAUCUCGGAUACGGGUACAAGAAACCUGGCUAUGGAAACAUUUACAACAGUGGAAUUACACCAAGUCUAGUAACUGGUUAUAGAGGAUAUUCAAGGAGAUAAACGUGUAUAAAAAUAGAUAAUACCUAACACUAUUAUACUACCAAUGUUUAUGACUGAUUACAUGUCAAUUAUCUGAUAAAUGAAAAGUUGCUGUAAAGCAAACAUUGCCAGUGAAUAGAGGCAAUAACUAUUAUUAUUUUGAAGUUAUUUUACCUAUUUAUGUAAGCUAACCAAAGUAUUAUCCAAAGUAAUGUUAUAUAGGUAGUUUUAAGUAUAACAGAAGAUGUAACAUAAUAAAAUACAAUUUGCAUAGU